CUUUCAAGAAAGGAAUACAGACUCGUCGCUCCGAUAUCCAUCAUUCUGGUCCGCCGGCUCUUCCAAAUCCCUAGCCAUCACCGCUCAAUCUCCCAAACUCCUUCGUCCGCGAAAUGGCAUUCGCCACUCACUCUUUCGCCCGCGAGUUCACCGUCGUCGCUCACUUCUUCGCCCGUGAGAUCGUCGCCGACCGUUCCAAAUCCCUAUCUGUCGCAGCUCAAUCUUUCAAACUCCUUCGCUCGUGAAAUCGCAGUCGAUGCAAACUCCGUCUCCCGCGAGAUCACCACCGCUACUCACUCCAUUGACCGCGAGAUGACCGCCAACUCUUCCAAGUUCGGUUCAGUCUCCACUCGCCACACAUUCCUCACCAGGCAAGUUCAAGGACCGCAUCAAGAAUGGCCGCAUCAUCUACAUGCAACAAUGUUCUGAAUCGCAGAGAUGAAAGCAGAGGCCUCCAAAAUGCCUCAGUUUGGUUUUAUUUUGCCUAAUUGCAUUUGACGGGAGUUCCAUUUUUGCCAGCAUUUAGCAGCUCUUGUACGAAGCUGUCUCAGACAUGGAGAAUCAAGGAGAACUUUGGUAUGUGCAGUAGGCGAAAAAUGCAGACAGUCGAAGUAGAUUUGCUGAUAGAGGCACCAGGGGAAGCAAGUCCAAUAGAAAAAUAUUACGAGGACAAAGGCUAUUAGGAACCAGGCACAAUGUUGUGCAUGUGAACAUCCUGAAGGGAAGGAGGUCCUCUUGUUCAAAAUAAGACAGGUUGCGUCAUCUCCAAUUCUGUCUCCACUCACCAUGAGAUGCUCACCAG